AGGCAACCGUGAGUGAAGACGUGGGAUUGGGACCUAGUCUUCAUUACAAACGUCGAGGAACGUUUGACAACCAUUCUGGAACUUUUCUAAGUUUAGUAAUUUUUGAUCCUGUUGCAUCUGGCUCAUCCUAGUUGCAACCAUGAAGCUAGUAAGAUUUUUGAUGAAACUCAGCCAUGAGACAGUGACGAUCGAGUUGAAGAACGGAACAGUUAUCCACGGGACGAUAACAGGUGUUGAUAUGAGUAUGAAUACCCAUCUAAAGACUGUGAAGAUGACUGUGAAAAAUAGAGAACCUAUGCAGCUAGAAUCACUUAGCAUCCGGGGCAACAACAUCAGAUAUUUCAUCCUCCCAGAAAGUUUACCUUUGGAUACGCUAUUAGUAGAUGAUACGCCAAAAGCCAAGGCCAAGAAGAAAGAAGCAGCUGCUCUUGGGCGUGGUCGUGGUAGAGGUAGGGGUCGUGGUGCUCGUGGAGGUAGAGCACGUGGAAGGGGACGGCGCUAGGUACUACCAACAUUUCCACACUCAUUCAACUCAUGCUGCCCUAGUUCAGGUCAAAUCCUGAGAUUGAAUGAAAAGAACAUGAGUACUGUAAGAAGCCAAGAACUUGGGACUUCUUUUUAUAACUGGGCAGUACUGUACAAUCAUCAAAGUGGCUCAUCGGUUGUAUAUAAAAGGCAGAAGUUUGCUUUAUUAUCAAGAUCUUUGUGAGAGCUGUGGUCCAUAUAUAACAGUGACAUGGACGUAGUAACUGCCAGAGUGCACGAUGUCUACUUCUUUUUCAUCAAUGUGCUUUGUCCACUCAUAUUUUUUUCAAUAGAAAUUCCUGUCUUCUCUUAGUUUGUUUGUAAUUGCAAAAGUUUUGUUAUUUGCAGAUUAACAAACAUACAGCUUUCAACUUCAUCAGUAGCUUACAUUGUAAAUAUGAAAAUAAAAGACAGUUUAUAAUAUCAA